CACCCUCCUCCUCCUCUUCAUCCCGGACAUCCAGCUCCCCAGAGGGACGAAGCACACCCUCCUCCUCCUCCUCUUCAUCCCGGACAUCCAGCUGCCCGGAGGGAGGAAGCACAGCCUCCUCCUCCUCCUCCCGACCGUCCAGCUCCCCGGAGGGAGGAAGCACAGCCUAUAUCACCCCGAGGGAGGAAGCACACCCUCCUCCUCCUCCUCCCGACCAUCCAGCUGCCCGGAGGGAGGAAGCACAGCCUAUAUCACCCCAUAGGGAGGAAGCACAGCCUAUAUCACCCCAUAGGGAGGAAGCACAGCCUAUAUCACCCCGGAGGGAGGAAGCACACCCUCCUCCUCCUCCUCCCGACCGUCCAGCUCCCCGCGGCCCCAUGGCGGGGCCCAGCCCGGCCGAGCAGCUCCGCGCCGAGGCCUCGUGCCCCGUGUGCCUCGAGCUCUUCCAGGACCCCGUGUCCAUCCCGUGCGGCCACAACUUCUGCCGGGCGUGCAUCGAGCGCUGCUGGCGGAGCUCCGCCGCCUCCUCCUUCUCCUGCCCGCGCUGCCGCAGCGCGGCCCCGCAGCGGAGCCUCCGCCCCAGCCGGGAGCUCGCCAACGUCGCCGACAUCGCCCGGCGGCUUCUCCCGGCACAGGGCAUCCUGUGCGGGCGGCACCGGGAGCCGCUGCGGCUUUUCUGCCGCGAGGAGCGGGCGCUGCUGUGCCUGGUGUGCGGCCGCUCCCGGCUCCACCGGCUGCACCGCGUGGUGCCCGCCGAGGAAGCCGCCCAGGAGUACAAGGAACAGAUCCAAAGCUGCCUCCAGGCUUUGAAGGAGGAGAGAGAAAAAUACCUGGAAAGCCGAAAAUCCGGUGCUCAGAGGAGUUUGCACCUGGACAAAACCAGGAGCGAGGGGCAGCGCGUGGUGCGGGAAUUCCAGGAAUUGCGGCGGUUCCUGGAGGAGCAGGAGCGUCUCCUCCUGGUCCAGCUCGGGGACCUGGACAGGGCCAUCGGCCGAGCCCGGGACGAGGCGCUGGCCAAGGUCUCGGAGGAGUUAUCCCAGCUGGACACGCUCAUCUGGGAGAUGGAGGGGAAAUUCCAGCAGCCCCCGAGCCACUUCCUGCAGGAGAUCCAGCAGCUCCUGGACAGCUGUGAGAUGAUGACGUUCCACCCCCCGGCCGAGAUUUCCUCCGACCUGGAGAGGAGCCUCGGGGAUUUUGUCCAGAGGAACAUCCUGGUGAGGGGCACCUUGAGGAGAUGCCAAGACAGCCUCAUGUUCCUGCUGCAGGAGCCGGCCGCCCUCACGCUGGAGCCCCGCACGGCUCAUCCCCACCUGCAGCUCUCCGAGGACGGGAAGGAGGCGCGGGGGCAGCUGGUGCCGAGGGACGUCCCGGACCACCCCGAGCGCUUCGACUUCGAGCCCUGCGUGCUGGCGAGGGGGGGCUUCGCCUCGGGGCGGCAUUUUUGGGAGGUGGAGGUGGGGCAGGGAGGGGUCUGGGCGCUGGGCGUGGUGCGGGAGUCCGCGCGCAGGAAGGGCCCCCUGAGCCUGACCCCCAAAGAGGGGGUGUGGGCGCUGGAGGCGUUUCAUUCCCUGACCUCCCCCCGCGCCAACCUCCGCCUGCACCCCCCGCCCCGCCGGCUCCGGGUCGCCCUGGACUACGAGGGGCGCCGGGUGGCUUUUUACAGCGCCGGCGACGACGUUCCCAUCCUGGAAUACACCCGGGCCGCCUUCAACGGGGAGAGGGUCCUGCCCUGGUUCAAGAUCGGGAUGGGGGCGAGGCUGCUGGAGGUGACGCGGAGCGCUCGCUGCCAGGACCGCGCGGUGGCCGGGCAGGUCGUGUCCCCUCUGGACUGGGUGGGAUUCGGGUUCUCGCUGCGGGUCUGCCCCUGAGGGGGCUCCCGGGAUGCGUCCCGAGUGGUGCCGCUCCUUCGCCGCCCCCUCUGGGAGCUCUGCGAUGGCCCCAGGGAUCCAGGAGGAGCCUUAGGGGUCGGAGAGCUCGGUUCAGAGUGUGGGGUUUUUAACCUUGUUGUGCCCUUGGCGGGAUGAAUCCUCCCGGUUUCCUCUCUUCCCAAAGUGCUUUUUCUCCAGGGUGCGUCCUGAGCCCUUCACCCCUCGGUCUGGGGGCUGCUCCCCGUCCCUGUCCGCAUUCCUGACGUUCGCCUCAAAUAAAAGAACGUUUCGCCUUGCA